AUGGAGGGCGAUGCUGCCUCAUGGGUCUCCUGGAAGGUCCGUCGUGAUCACUUGACUCCAAAGAGUGAUGUGUACAGUUAUGGAGUUGUGUUACUGGAGUUGCUAUCUGGGAGGCGAUUAUUGGACGAGGAGAAAGCUGGGUGUGUGGAAGAAGUAUUGGCCGACUGGGUAAAGCCUUUCCUAAGUGACAACGGGGGGUUUUUCAGAAUCAUGGACACAAGGCUAGGGGGCCAGUAUUCUAAGAAGGGAGCCCAAGCUGCAGCUUCUCUUGCAUUACAGUGCCUGGAUGCAGGACCCAAAAACAGGCCAACCAUGAGCUAUAUUGUAUCUGCACUGGAACAACUCCAGACAUCGUCGAAGGAUGUCCGGAAGACGCCCCGAGAAGGAAAGAGGGAGGACUAUGAAGAAAUCUUGAAACUUUCUGAGAAUAAAUUUACUACUGAUGUCUGGUAG